GAAACAGCACUGUAUAGCACUUGGUUGAAAUCCCAACCCCAAACUCUCACCUAUAUCUAUUCUAUUAUAUUUAAGGCGACCUACAGUAACACAGAGAAAUAAAAUGGAAAGUAUUGAUACAGCAACCGAAGGCAGACAACUGGAUAAGGUGGAGCCCUGCCUUGAGAGGGACAGACUGAGGAUGAGGGUCUCUGUGUUGGAGGAGAGUGUGAGGUCCUACGAGGUAGAGUGUAAAGCCAGCAGAGAGACGGUGAUGAGACUGGUGGCAGAGGUGGCCCGGGAGAGGAGGAACACAGCAGGCAGUGCAGAGGCUCUCGAUCUGCUAAGACUGGACUUAGAUAGUGCCUUGCUGACCACGAGGAGCACAGAUAUGGAGAACCAGAGUCUAGCAGAGAGGCUGGAGGCCAGUCAGCGUGUGGUUGAGGCAGCCAAGCAGGAGGCAGGGUGCCUGGAGAGGCAGAUCCAGGAGCUGGAAGGGAAACUCCAGACCAGCCAGGGGAAAAACCAGGCUACACAGGGGAGACAGCAGGCCCUCCUGGGGGAGGUAGGGGCCCUUCUGCAGCUGGGUCUCUCCAUGCCAACUGAGGAGGAAAUACUACAGAGACUCGGGGACCUCUGCACCAGGCAGAAACGUAUGAAAGCGAUCAUGGAGGAGAUGGAGAGGAGGCUGUCCCAGGUCACUGAGGAUGUGUCCAGGCAGACAGAGCUCCACCACAGUGCCCUGCAGAGAGCCCAGCUGGCUGAGCAACAGGUCACAGACCUCAGCGACAGGCUGCAGGGUUUGGAAGCUGAGCUGAUGACUUCAGACGUGCACCGGGAUGGGCUGAGUCAUAACAGUCAGCUUUAUGAGCAGUUCCUGGAACAGUUGUCCGGGAGAAUGAAAGUAGACAGUAUCGCCACUGACCUGGGCUACGACAUGAGGCUACAGCUCAUUCUGUCUCGGGCAGAGCAACUUGUCAAACUAGAAGGGACGGCUUUGGUGGAGAGCAAGACCCUGGCCCACAACCAACAGCGAAAGUUGAAGAUCCAGAAGGAGCGGUUGGAGAGUAAGGAGCUCCACAUGGAGCUGUUGAGGAGGAAGGUGUCUGAGCUAGAGGAGGAGAAGAAGAGUCGCUCAGCCCUGGCCAUGCAGCGAGACGACGCCAAUGUGACCGCCCGGAAGAUGCAGAAGAAGGUGGAGCGACUACAGGAGGAACUGGGAUCCAGUAAGGUCUCCAUCACAGAGCUCAAGGCCCAGCUGUCACACACCAACGAGCUGAAGCUCAAAGUCCUGGAGCAGAGUCAGACCAAUGCUGAGCAGAGUAAGAGUCUGGAGGACCUGGAGAAGGGCAAGGCCAAGGUGGAGAAGAAGUUCAGCACAGCCAGGACAGAUCUACAGAGCCAGGAGCAUCUGGCCAGGGAGGCCCAGCAGCAGUUGACCAGCCUUAGACAGACCCUGGCUCAGCUCACGGACAGAGAGAGAGAGUUGGUAGACUUCCGUAUGGUGGUCUCUCAGAUGUUAGGUCUGGAUGUCUCAGCCCUGGCCCUUCCAAACUAUGAGAUCAUCAAAUCUCUGGAGAGCCUGCUUCACCCCCACCAUCACCCCCAGCAUGACCUCCACCACCACUCCCUGGCCCUGUCCUGGCCCUGCCCUAGCCACCACCAGAACCACCAUCUCCUACAGCUCCAGGACCAAGAUACCUCUGGGUCUGUCACAUCCCUCUCAGAGGUCCACGGGCCCUGAGGCUCUCCUGUGAAUGAAGCGUAUAUCUGCUCAUCCCGAGGACUCUGCUCAGGACAGGCACCUGUAUGAUAUGAAUGAUUUAUUUAAAUGAUCAAAAUCAAAAUGUAUUCAUUUGAGAUGCAUCCUAUAUCUUUUUGCCCAUUGAAAUUGGAUUUGACAUGAGUUUAUGACGUAUCCAAAGGUCAGAUCCACAUACUGUCAAGUCAAUAGCACUGAAUCAGCCAUUUUGAAUAAAAGACAGAAACAAAAUGAGAA